UUCCGUUAUAAAGUGGGAUAAUGAGGGACCCUAUUCAAAUUCAGAAUUUUCAGAUUGCAUGUUUGAACAGGAAUGUCGCAAUUAUUUCUCAAUUUUAACUCUUAAAUCAUAUAAAAGCGAUACAGGACACGUUCUCAAUCUUUGGCGGGGGGGGGGGGGGGUAAAAAAAGAAAGAAAUUUGGUGGUAUUAUUUAUUUGGGCGUAAGGAAUGUCUGUCAAAAUUUAGAAUUAUCACCCCGUUUACCCUAUGUCGUUUGAAUGCAGUAAGGGCCAGUGUUACCAAUCGAAUAUUAUUCCACUUUUAUAGCUGGUAGAGAUGACUUUCCCGGGAACCUAAGCUCCUGACUAUGUAUUGGCUGCGUGACGGUAUGAAUGUGUUGGUGGUAGGAGUUGUUGUUCUCUUUCUAGGCGUCGCUGUGUGUGAACGCCAGAAAGAGUUUACAGCGGCAGUAUAUGAACAUGCUGUAAUUCUACCACAAGGUUCCAAGGAUGGUGUUGUUAGCAGGAGAGAUGCCUUAAAAACCAUCAUGACAAAUAUAGAUAUCUAUUCAGCACAAGCUAAAAUGGCAGCUCUAAAGAGAGUAGAUAUACUGGUGUUUCCGGAAGGGGGUCUGUUUGGUUGGGAUUUCGAUCGAAACACUAUUACGCCAUACCUGGAACACGUUCCUGUUACAAAACAAGGAGAAUGGAAUCCCUGCACACACCCAGGAACCUACCCUGAUUCUAAAAUACAGCACCAUCUCAGCUGCAUGGCGAGAAAUAAUUCUUUAUAUAUUGUUGGUAACCUUGGGAACAAGAUUGAAUGUGACGAGAAUGCGGAUGGAUACUGUCCCGACGGCGGCCAGUAUCAGUAUAAUACAGCCGUAGUGUUUGACCGUAAUGGAGAUCUUGUUGCCAGCUACAACAAGCGAAACCUCAACAACGAACCUCAAUACGAUUAUCCCCAAAAGGCGGAGUUGGUGUCCUUCAAUACACCUUUCGGACUAUUUGGUUUGUACUUUUGCGAUGAAAUCUACCAUUAUGAUCCAGCCAUGCGCAUGAUUGAUGAACUGGGAAUUCCCAAUGUGGUUUGCCCAACAUCGUGGCGUGACAGUUAUCCUAACGGAAUCGCUAUUCAGACUCUAUCAGGAUUUGCUCGAGGCUUUGGCAUAAAUAUGCUAGCUGCUAACGUCCACAGACCGGACAUGGGAAAGCAAGGUAGUGGCAUUUACAGUCCUGACGGAGUUGUAGCAUCUUACUACGAUAAUCGUUCUGGAAGUAGCGGCAAACUUCUUGUCGCCACGACAGGGGUAAUCCGACGUCCCGUACGACAACGCUUGCCACAAUACGAAACAAGCAUGCAAGCCGAGGGAGGAAGUCAGGACACCUUCAUGUCUGAUGUUAACGGUGACAGUUAUAAGCUGGUUAUUUUGGAUUCAAGACAGCGAUCAUUGAGACUUUGCGUUGCAGAAAUGUGCUGUGAGAUCGAAUAUGACAUUGAGUUCCGAUCUGGGGAUGUCUACGCCUUUGGGGUAUUUUCUGGAAACCACGCUCAACCGAAAAAUGGCAAGUACAAUUACUAUCAAAGCUGCAUGGUUCUCAAGUGCCCAAACAGUACCCAGGAAUCGUGUGGAAAACAAUCAACUGAUGCAUCGUCUGUAUUCACUCAUCUUAGGAUCAACGCAUUCUUCAGCACCAAUUACAUUUAUCCACUGCAUGUAGCUUCACGCCGAGGCCAGCUGAUUCUUUUAUCUGAAUGGAACUACCAAGAUGGUGUCCUAUGGAGUCGACAGAGAACGUAUCCAUUGGUUUCAGCCGGUUUCUAUGGUCGAAUCUACGAACGUGACUCUAGCAACAGCCAAACUAUUUGUGCCUCUGUUGCUCUAUUAAUCUCGUGCGUGUAUUAUGCUUUAAACAGUUGUAGUUUUUAUAAUUAAUAAUCUAUCAUUGAUAAAUUUUUAUAUUUUAAAUAUUUUAUUGACAUUUGCCGGGAUGUAUCAAUCGUAGAUGUAGUUUUUCCUAUCGUGGAAUGAAGUGUUCAGAUAUCCUCUUUAUUUCUAAAUGACGUUACGGACUAAUAAAGCCAGCUGGGGCUGUGGAAUUGGCAGACAAAUGUCGAUUUGUUUCAAUCGCCAAAAGAAUGGAAUAAUAUAAGGCAAUUGAAAAACUAAAUAAGGCUUUUCGCCAAUACACUGCAGUCCGUAAAUGCCUCCUUACGAUAACCGUUGGUAGUCAAACGGCUGGUCUUUAUUAUUAACCGUGCCGAUAUAUGAAUCGGUACUGAAAUAGUUCUUUCUGUUUAGUCAAUCACAUUUAUCAAUGUUAGUAUAGUAUGUUUUGUAACUCACUAGUUUUAAGUGUCAUCUAUAGAAAUCCAAAAAUAGGGAUAGACUUCUAUAUUCACUGCAUUCACGGUUAUAGGAAUGGUAUCUGUAAUUUGUGUAAAUCACUAAAUACUAGAGCAAGGUCUCCCAAUCUAGCAUGAAUGUAAUUCCAUUCUGAAUUUGUACAAUUUUUAUUAAUUAUCAUAUUUGAAAAAAGUCUGAAGUUGAGAAGGAAAUAAGAGAAACCAUGUUAUGUGCAAUUAUUAUUGUUAUUUAAACUUAAAGAUGCAUAAUGUAAGAGCUAAACCUGCCUAUGGCAGGUCUUUAUUUUGGCUUCAAAAGUUAUAUUAACUAUUAUUUAGACAGUUAUUCACAGAACAAGCCUAUAAUCACCUCACUAAUCAUUGGUUGGCCGAGAUAUAAACGCGAUCGCCAUUUAACAAUUUAAUUAAAAAUGGUGAAUCGAGGCUUAGUACGUCUUGAUGCAAAGUACUGUUGCUACGAUAAUAAACAAUCUUGUCAAAACUACAAACAGAAUGAAAUUUCAAGAUAUUAAAUUUGCAUUAUCUAUUUUCCAACUAUUAUAGCAAGAACGACCAUUUCUUUAUCUAAAUCUUACAUAAUGUAUCUUUAAAAUAAUAUGGUUAAAACAAUUUUUCAAUAUUGCCCUGGGGGGGGGGGGGUAAAUUUACUUUCGAAAAGUUGACAAGGUUAGAUGGGGCGAAAAGAAGGUUGGGAACCCACUUAGAGAGUGUCGAUUUAUUGUUUUUAAACGUUUUAACGAUUCUUCACUAACGCUGACCCAAUUGACCGAAUUGUUGACGUCUUUCCAGCACCGUGAUUGAAUGAAAUUUCUUUACAUAGUAUAUGAUGUUAAAUUUAAAGAUAUAUAGAUUUUAUAAUUAUGAUUAUUGCUGUACAUAUUCAUUAUAUAAAUAUUUAUCGUAGAUGUGAAAAUAUUAAACUAAAAAUAAUGUGUAUUUGUGAUAAUGAAUUUAUGAAUCGCAUGGAAUUCAUCACAAUGUACAGUUAAGUAGCGUUGUUGCAUUUUGUGUACUACAUACGAAAAUACUUAUUUUAUCUUAUUAUUUCACUUUUAACAAUAGCAACUGAAACUGGUAUUAGAUGCACUUAAGUAUAAAGUCUCUGAGCGUCAUUUGAGGGAUGUUUAAUCCACUGUUAACUACAAUAUUGUGAAAGUUGGGUCUCUAAAAGGAAUAUCAACCCAAACAUAAAUCAAUAGUGUUUAAUCCGAUUGAAUCGAGGGUUUGUCUAUACCGUUGAUUAUGGCUUGAAAAUUAGAUAUUGACGAUCAGUGGCUUUAAUUUAUUUUAAAAAUAUGAAACAAAAAUGCGAUAUUAAGACUAGUUUAAUUAGAAUUGGCAAAACGGUAACCAAACCAAAAGUUGUCAUUAGUGUUGAUUAAUUAAUUCCAUUAAUUGUGUUGUCUUUUCUUCAUAAAAUAUAUCUGUUUUUUCUACCUUUC